AUGGACGACUAUCUAUUCGAGACCAAUGUCAAUGCCUGUAGAGUGGUUUCGGAGAAGACUCACUACUUGGAAAUCUUCAAUUACUCGGAUGGAACAUCUACUUGCGAAGACCACCCCCUGACUCCUGAUGAAUUUGAAAACUUUCUGGAUCGUCGAGGUGCCUUUGAGCCACCGAAGCUGGGUGAUGGCGUCCAAUUGCGAGAAGGGAUUCGAUUAGUAGUCCAGAGAGACGCAGACCACAAUGAUACCUUUUCGCCAAACUUUAUCUCGCUAUCGCAAGAGCAUUACCGAUCCAUGGUAAGAAAAAUGCGAUUGCCCUUCAGAGCAAUCGAAGGUGGCAGCAUCGUAGGCCCGGCCUUUUGGUGCGAGUACGAUCAUGACGAAGAUGAUCGUCAUUUACAGAUCAUAUUUCGAAAAUCCGACGUGCGGAAGAAGGGUAAAACUCGCGGCUGGGAGAUCAUGUUGUCUUAUUCUUUCAAAACAGCAAUUACAACUGGUUUUGUAAAAGGCACAGAAUCAUCUGACAUAAACGAAGCGAUCAGGCAUCUGGUAUCAUGCCGUAGCGAGAUCGGGCACCCGAUACUCCUGCCAAUCAUUAUUCUCUCUCAUGAUCUGUCAGCGAAGCUCGAUAUACGGCAACGAGAGGCGCGGGCCUGGUUGAGACGUCUCGAAAAUGCUAUCACCAUGCGUGACGAGAUUGACGAGAAAGAGGGGUACACGGAGUUUGAUGUCGAUGGGUUCAAUCGAGAUCUCGUCGAAUGCCACUCCCGAGUGCUGUGGAAGCGCCCGCAAGCCUACCAAGAGAUCAUCAAAGAUAUGAAGGCCGCCAUGGAGAAAUUCAUGGCCUACGUGGAGCCGGAAAGGAACGAUAAGAAAAUGAAAGCGUUGCAUGGCAGCAUGAUUUCUCGCUUAGAGUUCUAUCGCGUGAAGCUGAACGGUCAAGAACACUAUAUCUAUACCACUCUGGAAAGACUUAACGUUCAACGUCAAGCUCUAUACAACAUCAUCAGCCAGAAGGAAUCGAAGCUCAAUCUUGAAAUGGCUGCCCAUCAACGAAGACUAGCUCAUGCAAACAAGCGCGACACUACAGCUAUGAAAACAAUAUCCCUUCUUGGUGCGAUUUUCCUCCCAGGAACCCUCUUGUCCUCGAUAUUUAGCAUGACUUUCUUUAGUUUCGACGUUCCGGAGAACACGGAGGUUUCCCAAGAGCUUUGGAUCUACUUCGCUGUGACGAUACCUCUUACCCUGGCGAUUGUGGGUAUGUGGUGGUUCCUAGAUCGACGGCGCGAGGCAACCUAUGCCCGCGAGGACGCGGAUAUCGAGAAAGGUAUCCAGGACAUGGAGACAGAUAUCCUGGCCAUCAUGCGCAAGAAGACCAUGAGCAAAGCGGCUACUUGGGGCUCUGGUAAUAAGAGCCCUACGCUUACGAAACCCCACCAUAAUCCUUUUCACUCUUUAGAGAAACAAAGUUAG